GGUGCCUUGGCGUGAAGCCCUGGGUGUGGGCGCCGGGACGUGAGGAAGCCGGAGAUGCUGCCGCCGGACCGAGGGCGCUGACGACCCGCCGGCCUGGCAGCACCAUGCCGUUCCCGCCCCUGCCGCCGCCGCCGCCCACCCCGGCCCCGGGGGUCCCCGCCGCGCGCCCGCCGCCCCGGAAGCCGGGCGCCCCCCGCAAGGCGGCCGUGCCCGCCUGCGCCCCGCCGGGGCCCUUGCCGCCCGCCGCGGCCGCGGAGAAGAAGAGGCGGCCCCCCGAGCGACCCCCGGUGCUGCUGUCCAGCUCCUGGCCCUCCGCCACCCUGAAGAGGCCGCCGGCCCGCCGCGCCCCCGGCCCGGCCUCCCCGCGCGCCCCGCCCCCGACCGCGCCCGGCCGCCCGCGCGCCCCGGCCCCGUGCGCCCCCCGGCCGGCCGGCUCCGGCGACGGCCCCGCGGGGGCCGCCACCUCCGGGGCCGGGCCCGACGCCGCCCUGCGCUUCUCCCUGAGCCUCACGCCCGAGGCCGUGCUGGUCAUCCAGCGGCGCCACCUGGAGAAGCAGCUGCUGGCGCGGCCCCGUCGGGCGGCGCCCGCGCCCUCGGCCGACGCCGGGCGCUCGCUCGCCCCCUGCCCCCGGGCCCGGGCCGCAGGCCUCGGCCGCCGCCCGCCCCUGCCCGGCGCCCCGCUGCUGCCCGGGGGCCUGCAGGGCCCCGACCCCGGCCCGCGGCCCGCGGACCUGCGGCCGCUGCUCAAGGUGUCGCUGCUCAACGAGCGGCACAAGUACGACGACGUGGAGUACGAGGAGGAGGCCGCGGCCGCCGACGAGGGCCUGGUGCGCAAGUGCACCGAGUGGCUGCGCGGCGUGGAGUCGGCGGCCGCCGCGCGCGACCGGGCGGGGCCCCUGGACGCGCUGCCGCACCUGAGCUCGCUGUGA